ACUCAUAUCUGGUGAACUUAGACCUCGAUGCGAGCAAAGCGCUCCACGCGGGUCCCCUGCUCUCUUUUCGACCCCGACUCACUUGCACUUCGUUCCGACUCCCACUUCCGUUCCCACAACCCAAGCUCCGUUUUUUACCGAACCCCCACGCCGUUUACAUAGCUCCUCGGUGCCCCCGGUUUUUUUUAACUUUUCGGUUUUUUUUUUUUUUAAUUUUGUGGAAAAAUUUUGGUGUCACUAUGUUCGACUUGGGGCCGGAAGAUCGGAAGUUCCUCCGGCAGCUCGCCGUUGUGGUCCUUUUCUUCCCCAUAUCCUUCUAUUUUGCGCUCAUGGCCUUGUAGUGCGUGUGGUAUCGCGGGGUAUCGCAAUUUUUUUUAAGGAAACUUACUGUUUGCGUGUAAUUCUUGAGCCCUUUCGAAAAUCGUUUAACUAACGAGCAACGCCACUUCCGUGGCGAGUGUUCUAGUGUGACAGCCGCAACACUGGAUCUCACGGUGACAGAUCAUAUAUUCAGUUUCUGUUAAAAUUGUAGGCAGGACCCGGAUGGUAUUGGCUAUGUCCAAGAGGUGGUCCCAGCGUCCGGCAUUUGAAGGGUUCAGUCUCUUGGUUCCUUGCGUUCAAGACCGUGUUCGAUAUUCACGCCUUCUUGCGAGAGUUUGUGCGAAACCGUGUUCUGACCUACCAAACAUUCACAAACCCAGGUAGUCAAUGACACCUUGCUGUGACCUCCAAUUCAACUAAUACCGCAGCACCAUAGUUCCCAGCUUCUGUCCAUGAUCAUAUGAUACGGAAAUAAUGGGUGUGUUAAGUGACCAAGAGAUAUUAUGGAUCAUCGGGCACGAAGACGCUUUAAUUGAAGAUGAACCUAUCGUGUUUUCGAAGACGGUUCUAAAUGUUGCAGCUGCAGUGACUGGUGUCAUAAUGGUGGCAGGGAUCAUCGGCAAUGCUCUCACCAUUUUGGCAUUCUGCAAAACACAAAGGGCAAACAACGUCACGACAGUCUUCAUUGUAUGUUUGUGUGCGGCGGAUCUGCUGUUUUGUAUUACGGUGCUACCAUUCAACUUGGUGCGAUUCACUGGCGGUGCUGGAAGUCUCAGAGAGGAGGGCCUUGCUUGCAAGCUCCUACCCUUCCUGCAGUACGGCAAUGUCGGCGUAUCCCUUCUUUUCAUCGCGAUGAUAACCAUUAAUAGGUACAUAAUGAUCACACACUAUGCGGUCUACAAGAAAAUAUACCGAACGCCAUUCAUUGUAGCCAUGAUACUUUUUUGCUGGAUUUUCAGCUUUGGAAUGCAAAUCCCAACCCUCCUUGGGAAAUGGGGAACUUACGCUUAUGACAGUCGUUUGCAGUCUUGCACCAUUAUGCCAGACGCCAACGGACGCUCGGCCAAAUCAGCCCUUUUCUUCGUUGGUUUCGUCAUUCCAUGUCUAGUCAUUAUAUUCUGUUAUACUCGCAUCUACAUGGUCGUCCGAAGAUCUGACACGAGAAUGCGGAGACAUGCGGCUACUAAUACAAAAUUGUCUCGAAAAGGAAAAGAGCAGAAAGAAGUGAAGUUGAAACGAAAUGAAUGGCGGAUUACAAAAAUGGUGUUAACGAUUUUCCUCUCGUUCCUAGUCUGCUACCUUCCAAUUACCAUCAUUAAAAUAGCCGACAGUAAAAUAUUUUAUCCAAGUUACCAUAUUUUAACUUACCUGCUGCUGUACAUGUCGGCGUGCAUAAAUCCGAUAAUUUAUGUGAUCAUGAACAAACAGUACCGGCAGGCGUACAAAGCUUUGCUCACUUGUCACAAAAUGCCUCAAAUGUUAUCUCUUCAAGGACGGAAUACUAGUCUGGCAGAAUCCAAAAAAAACCUACUUUCGGAUUGGAGUAUCAGACGAUCCGCACCGAAUCAAUUUUGGCAAUCUGUUAUUUUGAUGGGACCAAAGCAUCAAAAAUAUCACUCGGGCACACUGAAUGUGGGACAAGUUUUUGACGAUUGCACUGCAAAAUAUGCACAGUCAGAGGAGUAUCUGGUGCCUGGAAGACCAAAACCUCAAAAAAUUAAUGAGUUUUGGAUGCUCAAAACUUGUGUUUUCCCGGAUCCUUUAAACGACGAGUUUUCAGCGGAACUUAACAUGAAAAAGUAUGAAAAUGGCUGGACUUACUCCAACCAAUCUCAAGAACCUUCAAAUUGGAAUGGGUUUGGAAAUUAUUGCGGGGACAUAGAGGAAUCACUAGACGAGGAUGGAUGGAGACCACGUGAUUGUCAAUCUUUUGGUGACUACCACACAUCCCACGAGGUGGAUCUUCAAUCGGAAUCGAUUGAGGAAGAACCUCCAGACUGGCAAGGGUUCGGAGACAACCACUCGAGCCCGGAGACUAUGCACGAUGAUGAUGAGUGUGACUUUAACAUACCUCUAGAAUGGGUAUGUGGAUGCCUCGGUAAUUACCACACAAUCCAUCUAAAUCUAGAUAAAGUCUACAAUCAGGGUGAUGCUGAGAAUCGACCCCGGGAGUAUUCGAGCUGGCUAGGCUUUGGAAAUUAUUGCGGAGAUGUAGAAGAGGUACAAGAGGAUGGUGAGUGGAAACCAUGUGAGUGUCAAUCUUUUGGAGACUACCGUUUAUCCCACGAGUUAGACCCAGAAUUGGAGUUCAAUGAGGAGGAUCCUUCAGACUGGCAGGGGUUCGGGGCCUCCUGUUCAAGCCUUGAGAUCCUGCAUGACGACGAUGAGUGCGACAGCAACGGACCAUUAGAUUGGGAACGCCUCGAUCGUUAUUAUAGAACCCAAGAGGAUAGAAAUUCAGUUGAUUUACAUAAACAAGGGGUUGCUAAGAGCAAUAAUACGGACAUUUUGAAAGAGAGGUCGGUGCAAUGUGACUUCAUUUCCAAAGAAGUCCUUUCACGUGGGUCUAGACAUCCAAGCCUCGUGAGUUCAUCUGGAUCGUCGGACGAUAUGAAAGGAGUAGGUAGUCUUCUAGAGCGAGAGAAGAAAGGGGCAAAAUCGGAUACAGCUAUAGCAGGCGCAGGAGUGUUGGAAUUAAUGAACGAUCCAGCUGUUGCUCAAGAGUUUCCAUCGGAGGACCUGAGAGCCAUGGUCCAUGCCCUCAUGUUCAAGUUCCAAGCCCUGCCGCGGACGAAGCCGAUCGACGCGGACGCUUUUUUACGGUUCUGCGCCGAGAGCAUGACCCCGAGCAUCUGCCAAGAGAUGGAGAAGGAGACUCGUAACCAGGGUGAGAGCUCACUCUGGUUCAAGCUUAAGUUCGGCCGCAUCACCGCAUCGAACCUUUACGCUGUCGCCAACUGUCGCACGCCAUCCGGCUACCUGACCAAGAGCAUCGUUGGGCUCAAUUCCUGGUUUUCCGGAAACGAAGCCACCAUGCGCGGUCAUCGCCUCGAAGAACAGGUGGUAGAACUGGUGGAGAAUAAAAUGAAGAUGCCUUUUAAAAAGUGUGGAUUGUUUUUAUCUGGGGCUUACCCGAUUUUGGGAGCCUCGCCAGACGGCAUCAAUGACACCCACGUGCUCGAAAUCAAGUCUCCAUUCAGUGAAAAAUCUUACAAGGAAUACCUUGACAAAGAGAACAAGGUGAAGAAGCGGUAUUUGGCCCAGAUCCAGUUGCAGAUGUACAUGACGGGACGGAAGAAAGGGCUCUUCUGCGUGAGCGCACCCGAUUUCGAGACUUCUCGUCGAGUGGAGAUCAUCCCCGUGGAAUUCGACAGAGAUUUCACCGAGGAUCUCGUCGAACGGGCCACGAAGUUUUGGAAAGCCAACGUUUUCCCCCUUCUCACCGCCAUCAAGGGGGGCAGCCAGGGUGGUGACGCUGAGGCCCUUAAUAUUCGUCCGCUGAGUUGCUAAAUAUGCUUCAACCUCUUUGGAGAAAAAAUCUUUGUGCGUUUGCCCCGAAGAUCAAGUCAAAUGGAUCUCUGAAGUUUUCGGAUCGCACAUUCGAAAACUUGAGGUUCAGCUGCUGAAGCUCGGGUCACAUAUCGGAAGUACUUCGGCACUUCGGUUGAAACGUCUAUCAAGUCAACCGAAGUACUGAAGUACUUCAGAUGUGCGGUCCGAACUUCGGCAGCUGGACAUCAAGUUCUCAGAUACACGAUACGAAAACUUCAGAGAUCCAUGUGACUUGAACUUCAAGUCCCACUUGGAAGUUUUGUACUCGUGGUGGAUUCAAAUUUUCCAUCAAGUCAAUUGUUUACCAGGUGAAAAAACGUAACUGCAUCUUAAGAUUGCAAAAUUGACUUAAAUAAUAUAUUUUUUUCAAGGAUGUGGCCCUGUGGUUUCUACUCAAAAUGUUGCUGAUUUUUGCAAGUAGUUCAAAAAGAAUCGGUGCAAUUUUCGAUUAGAAAAGCCCAACGGUUUCUUGCCAAAAAUAUAAUUUUUGAAGGGAAAUUAUGGAACAUUGAAAUAUAGUUACGUUAUUUUGACUAGAAAAUAACAAAUUGCUGUGUCGUCACGAUGUGAUGGUUUUCAGUUCGGCUGAUUGCCGAGUUAUUUCUUCGAUUGCUUUAUGAAUCAAUUGUAUUAUCAAUAGUUUAGAGCAGAAGGGUCGUAACUAUAUUUUUCCGUCUUAUAUACGAGGAAACUGCUCAGUGGUCCUAAAAAUUCCCUCGCAAUUUACUAUUUCUGAAAUUCCGCAUCUCUUGUCUGGCGUUAGAUAUCAUUUCCAAAUUGUUUCACCCGUAUUGAGCCUCUUCUAAGCCUAUGAGGAAUAAAAAUGAAUCAAUUUUUUCAAAAAUGCGAUUUACAAAUACAACCUUUUUGCUCCAAGUCACUGAUUUUAUCAUGCGAGUUAAGUUUUAUCUACCUAUCCCAGAAAUUGCGUGGAUUUUUCCGAAAUGUCCUCCCAGAACUAGACUUUUUGCAUGGACAUGUUACAGGAAUAUUUGGAAGCAUAUGAAAAUGCAAGUCUGAUAAGCUCUUCAAACACUUAUAAGUUUGCUAAUUUGAAUAACCCUAAUAAAGAAAUACGAUAAAAA